AUGCAUCAACACAGACUCACAAGUCUUGGAAUUUUGGCCAUAGAGGCCAGUCUAGCGCGAAAAUUGGACUACGGACCAAUAAUUGACAGUUUUGCUAGAGCUAAAUCCCGCAAAGACGACCUGAACGCCCUGCUGUAUAUUGUGGUCACACUGCUCUUCUACUCCAUGGGCAUCAUCAUCGGCAUCAUCACCUACCUGAAGCGGGAGCAGGCGGAGAUGGAGGAGGACAAGAUGUUUGAGCUGUACAUAGGAUUCAAACGGGAGCCGUUCAACGUCCAUAAAAAGGAGCGCGUCACGCAAAUGGCUCUGUACCUGAAGCAGCUGGAAGAGGCGCGGGUCGCUCGGGAGAAGAUCGAGAACUGGAGGCUGGAGCAGCAAAUGUACCGCAGCCACUCUCAGCAGCAGCACUACCACAACCUGCACCAUCACCAGGGCGGCCCGUUCUCCUCCUGCGAAGCGUGCGCGUCGGGCAGCAGAAAGGACUCCCACCCCGGUGGAGACGGUUCUUCCACAGGGGCGCCUUUAGCGCUGGCGGAGUCGGACUGGGGCGAUGGCCGUGUCAGCCCCGGCAAUGGGGGUCCCGGGGGCACCGCUCUGCUGUGCUCGCUCACGCUAGGGGUGUGCGAACCGCUCCUAACACCGGACACGGCGAAGCGAGCCGCCGCUUUUCAUUCGUCGGGUGGGGAACAUCCGCAGGCGGUGUCGGGACAAAAUGUCGCCCCGGGAGAUAAGUCGCCCAAAGCGUGCACGUGUAGCGCCAAGAGUGCCUUCCCAUUGAACACAGCGCCUGAUCUGAGUUUAGCAGCAGUGACUGUGUUAGAUUGUGUGAACCCUCGGCUGGGAGAUUUUGAUUCUGAAGCAACCUCGUCACGCCCGUAUUCAAAUGAAAAACUUAACGAAUCAGAUUUGACAGGGGAAGCCACAGCAGUAGAGCUACAAGAUAUGAGUCAAUGCAUGAAUCGUGAUGACAGAUCUUUACCCGAAAAUUGCAGUGCCUCGAGGGACGGUACACUUACAGAAAGCAGAGACGAUACCUCGAGAUUCCCACCAGGUCAGCCUGCCAGUGUUCCCAUGUCAGCGCAAAGCGAGUCUUCCUCUUUUCCUCCUCCCCGGAGGAGCCCCCGGCUAUCCCGUCAAUCCCAGCAAGAGUCCGGCCACUCUUCAACAGAUUCUAAACAACUUGGGCCCCAGGAUACUAAAAUGCUCGGUUCUAUAGACUCCAGUGUUCAGGGCAAUCCUGACGAUGUUCGGAGAGACAAAACUCCUACCCCCUCCACUCGAAAGGCCCCGGUUCAGAAACAAGCAACUUUAGGUUAUGUGGCGUGCGACGCUCUCGGUGCCGAUUCAAGUAGCACUCAACAGCAACUGCAAGAUCUCUACCAUCAACAGCAACGACUUCCACCGUCCGUAGCAACGACGGGUAAAACUCCUCACCAAUCGAACAUUCCAGACUCUUUAACUAUCGCCGAUAGAUUGCCUACGUCUCCCACGUCAGCGACGCGCGACUUCCCCAGCCUGGAGAGGCGACGAGACCCAGCCCAGCGAGCACGGUACGACUCGUGGCGGAAAGGUCCUUCCAAAACUGUGGACAUUCCCGAACUUUCGCGGAUGACUCAACUCGACGUACCCUCCGCACGCCCGAAAACACAACCCACUGAGAAGCGAUCCAUUCCCAGGUUUCAACCCAGAGACAACGAGCGGAGGGGCGCCUUACUCUUCACUCAAAAGUCCUUACAUCACAUCGAAAACGACAACCCCAAACAGGGCGGUAGCGGCGCUGGUAUCAGUAACACAGGUGGCAGUCGUGGCGGAGCAAGAAGGCACGCCAAACCCAACGGUGCUUUUGAGCGUCAGUAUUCCGUGGACUCGUACAGCGGGCGAGGUGUGGACAUCUCUUUUGACCCGUCCUCCUCGGAGAUUCCUUUGCUGCCGGCAGCAGAAGAGAGCAGCGGAAGUGGUAGCGACAUGUCCACUCAUGCGGGAGCGACAAGUUCCGCCAGCGGUAUUUCCUCACCCCAUGCAAGCGGAGUUUCUUCCCCGUCCUCCCAGCGACAACCCGGAGCUCCCCAGCACGCCACCAGCAAACACCAGAGGCGGACCCCGAGACUUGCACGCUCACACACUAUGGACCCCACUAAGUUCUCGGAGAAGUAAAAGAGAGACUAGACAUGGGGUGAUCGGCCGAGUCAACUUCAUAUUUUAGCGGAGCUGUGAGUCAGAGCAGACGCUAAAGUAGAUGUGAAGAGAAGACCUAGAAAAUAAUAAGUAACGAUCUAACGCCUUGGGAUAAUCUUUGGAUAGCACAGAAUAAGAUUGCCUGUAAAGACUGAGGCUGUAAUGUUCAGAAGAACACACAUUCCUUUUAACAGUUGGGCGGACGAGUAUUUUAGAGCAUGUGCAACCCCCC